UUUAGUCGGUGACCCAAGACAUUAAACGAUUUAAUAUCGGUUCUGAUAAUUAUGUACGGAGUACUGUUGUCAGAUUUGCAUUUAUGGCGAAGAUAGAUAUCCGGAGAGAAGAUCCCGUAAUUUGAGUGUCAGAACAUCCAAAAUUUACCAAAUUAUCCUAAAAAUUUAACCACAACAAAACGUAAGAAAUAGUAAAACAAGGACAGUAAUGAACUUUCAAAUGUAGGUUUUAAUGAUUAUAGUCUUCCAGCCAAGAAAAAGUUACCUCGAUCGAAAAAAUUUACUGCAACUUUGAUUGCGUUACGGUUGUUUCCCGGAAGAAUUCUUUCCCAUUCCAUCCUCCUCGGGUAAAAGGAUAAAAUGUUCACACUUUUACUUUUUGGUUACUCAAAAGACAAAAGCCUUUUGAACAAUCUCUGCAACUGUUUUUGAAGUAGAGAAAGAAGAAGAACAAAUAUUUUUUUUUUGCUUUUGCAAUGAACAAAAACGAAGGGAAGAAAAAAAUGCUCGAAGAAGAUGAUGCUGAAGAUUGGUGUUUUGUUUGUAAAGAUGGUGGGAAGUUGCUUCUUUGUGAUUACAAGGGUUGUGGAAAGGCUUAUCAUCCCAGAUGUGUGGGAAUGAAAAAUUCAGUUUUGAAGUCUGAAGGUCGCUGGUUCUGCUGGAGGCAUUCUUGUUCUGCCUGCCCUGGUCCCGCUCAACUAUAUUGCCUUUGCUGCCCUAUUGCUGUCUGUCGGCUCUGUGUGAGAUCAGCUCAGUUUUUGCCUGUUAAGUUGAACAAAGGAAUGUGUGAAACAUGUUUAGAGCUUGCAUUACUUGCAGAAAGAAAUGCAGAAUUUAACUCCCAAGGGGACAAGCUAGAUUUUGGAGAUGCAGAUACAGAAGAGUUCAUGUUUAAAGACUAUAUGGAGAUAAUUAUGAAACACGAAGACUUGACAUUUGACGAUUUGCAUCGUGCUCAGUUGGAGAGGAAGAAUGACAGUGGCUUAGAGUCUGACAAGAUUGAUUAUAAAGAUGCUGCAAUCACAUUUUCAGAUGGUGAUACCGAUACAGAUUUGGAUCCAAUAGAUAAUUCAUUUCGCAAAAGAAAGAAAUCUCAGGUUAGAAAGUAUGUUGGAUGGGGUUCAAAACCUCUCAUUGAUUUUCUGAAAUCUGUUGGUAUAGAUGCAACUGAAAAAUUAUCACAAUGUGAAGUAUAUAUAAUAAUCUCAAAAUACAUUUUAGAGAAAAACCUUUUUUGUGAGGAAAAGAAGAAGAAGAUGGUUCUUUGUGAUGAAAAGCUGUUUUCUCUUUUCCAGAAGAAACUGGUGCAAAAGAACAAGAUAUAUGAUCUUUUGGAAGCUCAUUUUGCUGAUACUUUUGAACAAUCAAUUUUGGAUGAAAAUGAGAAUGAUAGUGGAAGUUGUUCAGUGAAUAAAGAUGAACGGAUAAUGGCAGAAUGUAAGAGACAGAGAACAUUGAGCAUGGAUAAAGUACCUCUUGACGAAAAGGUGGACUAUGCAGUCCAAAAGAGUUGUUAUGCUUCUAUAAUUGCUGAAAAUAUCAAACUUGUGUACUUAAGGAGGAGCUUAGUAGAGGAGCUGUUGAUGCAGCCAGAUAAUUUUGAAGACAAGGUUUUGGGAAGUUUUGUCAGAGUGAAAGGAAUGUCUGGAAACUGUUCAGUAAAGACUUCUUUUCAGCUCCUGCAAGUUACAGGCAUAAAGAAAACCUCAAAUGCCAGUAACAAUAGGGGGAUUCUCCUUGAUGUUUCUUGCAUGUCAAGUAAUAUUCCUAUCCACAUGCUUAGUGAUGAUGACAUCUCAGAGCAGGAGGAAUGUGUAGAUCUGCAACAGAGGAUGAAAGAUGGUCUUCUCCAAAAACCGACAGUUGUGGAGCUCGAACAGAAGGCCAAAAGUCUGCAUGAAGAUAUAACAAAGAAUUGGAUUCAAAGACAAUUGGUCAGCUUGCAGAAAAAAAUUGAUUUUGCAAAUGAGAAGGGACUGAGAUACAUGUUAGAUCAAUAUCUGGAUGAAAGAGAAAAGCUUAAGAAAUCAUCUGAACAGCAACGAUUACUACAAAAGCUGCCAACGAUCAUUGCUGAGGAAAUUGACCUUGAUCUAACUGCUAGGGAUUCUUCACGAAGUAAGUGCUCUACCGGGUUGUGCUAGCACGCAAUGUUCCACGGAUAAUCAGGCUGAUGAUGGAGCUUAAUGGCAGAUUCUGGAUUGGUGAAAAAAUUAUGCAGAUUUCCUACCUCGUUUUUUGUCAUCAUCAACCAUCACGCUGGCUGUGCAGAGCAAUAGUUUUGUUACCUUUUUUUUUUUUUUUUUUUCAGUACAGAAUUUUGUUAUUUGGCUUGGGUGCAUCUGCAUUACAGGGUUGAUGGUAGCCAGUGGCAGCAAAUAAAAUAAUUUCAUCUCCUGGCAACAUUUUAUUGGAUGUUGGUAAAUGUUUUUGAGGUGGUAAAAGCAAUAACUAUAUUAGUAGUUUUUAAGUUGCCUCCAUUGCAUCCAUCUAUCAUUUGGGUUGAUACUGUUUUAUCCCUUUUUAUCACGUGUUAUUUUGAUUCUUCAGUUUAGCUAUCAAAAGUUAUGAGCAUGUUAAUGCUGGCAUUAUGAUCAUCUGUACAAUGCCCUUUCCCUUUCCUUUUCUAGGUUUUACCUUAAACUUGCCCCCGAUUAACUUUCCCUGACUGAAGCUAUUCAUAUUGGGACAAUGUUCCACAAUCACAUUUUCCUUGGCUGGGAAGUGGAAGGCAAAUUUCCCUUGGCAAAAGCUUGUGAGCCUUUCUAAAGAAUGAAAUUUCAAAGUCUCAAAUCUAAUCAUCUCUUUCAUCUCCCCCGGUAGCUGCUGUCUCUGUCAAUUUCCUGCACUCUCUUAACCUCUUGACAAUGAGUUGCACCGGUGUUCUUCAGCUCUCGAAUAUCAAUUGUGUAUCCAAAUAAAUAUUAAUAGUAAAUAUAAAAGAGUGAAUCAGCAUCAUGAUAUGCCAAAAGCUCAAAUAGAUGAGUGCAUAAGUUUACGCCAAGCAUGCUUUAGCAGAUUUAAGUUUUUUUUGCCAAAAAACAUAUUUAAGUUUUAAGCAAAAAUCCUUUGAGCUCGAAAUGAGAUACAUUCAUGUUCGUGCAAAGCUUACAGAAACAUAUUAACCAAGCAACGUUUAAAUAAGGCAUAGCUUGGAUCAUCUUGGUUCAUUUGCAAGGGCAACCGCAAGAAUUUAUUUGAAUAAAUUGUUAUAGAAAGUGUUUAUUGUUUAAACUACAGAAAUGAAAUCUAGAUUAGUUAAAUUUAGAAUCCCUUUU